AUGGAUAGAGAGUUGAAGCUGAAAGGCAAAGUAUGUGUGACUGGUGCAGCUGGCUUUCUCGCGUCGUGGCUAGUCAAGCGCCUUCUUUUAUGCGGCUACCAUGUCAUCGGCACUGUCCGAGAUCCAGGUGAUGAGAGGAAAGUGGGACAUCUAUGGAGGCUGGAGGGAGCCAGAGAAAGGCUUCAACUAAUGAGGGCAGACUUGAUGAAGGAGGGCAGUUUUGAUGCAGCAAUUAUGGGUUGUCAAGGAGUUUUCCACACUGCUUCACCUGUUUUAGGACACCCUAAUUGUGAUCCUAGGGCGGAAAUAUUACAACCGGCUAUAGAUGGCACACUCAACGUGCUGCGUUCUUGCAAGAAGAAUCCUUCGCUAAGGCGUGUGGUUUUCACCUCAUCUUCGUCGACGGUUAGGGUAAGACAUGAUCUUGCAUCUAAUGCAGAGUUGGAUGAAUCUUCUUGGAGUUCAGAGGAGCUGUGUGAGACACUCAAGAUAUGGUACGUAUUAUCGAAAACUCUAGCUGAAAAGGCGGCGUGGGAAUUCUGUGAGGACAAUAACAUCGAUCUGGUGACUGUUCUUCCUUCAUUUGUCAUCGGGCCAAGUUUGCCGCCUAUUUUAUGCUCGACUGCAUCCGAUGUUCUCGGUCUGCUUAAAGGUGAAACCGAGAAAUUUAAGUGGCAUGGAAGAAUGGGAUACAUUCACAUCGAUGAUGUUGCAUAUACACACAUUCUUUUAUACGAGAAUGAAAGCGCGAAAGGUCGAUAUCUUUGCAGCUCAACUGUCGUCGACAAUGAUGAGCUCACCGCAAUAUUAGCAGCUCGCUAUCCUAAUUUACCCAUUCCAAAAAGGUUCGAAAACCUCGAAAGACCAUUCUAUGAUCUGAAUGUCUUCAAGCUAAAGGCCUUGGGAAUGAAAUUCCGAUCACUCGAAGAGAUGUUUGAUGAUUGCGUCAAAUCAUUGAUCGAGCAAGGCCAUCUUUCUUCGGGGGAUGCAAGCUCUUGA